CUCCUGAUUUGUCUUUGCAGCUUGUAUGUUCAUUCGUCAGUGGCCCAGUGGAGGAAAUGUGUUCAUGCCAUUAAACUUAAAGAUUCUAUUCUCAGUAUUGUACAUGUAAAAGGAAUAGUAUUAGUUGCACUAGCUGAUGGAACACUAGCAAUAUUUCACAGAGGAGUUGAUGGCCAGUGGGAUUUGACAAACUAUCACCUCUUAGACCUGGGCCGGCCGCAUCAUUCUAUAAGAUGCAUGACAGUGGUACAUGACAAAGUCUGGUGUGGCUACAGGAACAAAAUCUACGUUGUUCAGCCAAAGGCCAUGAAAAUAGAGAAGUCAUUUGAUGCUCACCCAAGAAGAGAAAGUCAAGUGAGACAGCUGGCAUGGGUGGGUGAUGGGGUGUGGGUGUCUAUUCGUUUGGACUCUACGCUGCGUCUCUAUCACGCACACACGUAUCAACAUCUACAAGACGUGGACAUUGAACCUUAUGUAAGCAAAAUGCUAGGUACUGGUAAACUGGGAUUCUCGUUUGUGAGAAUCACAGCUCUUAUGGUGUCAUGUAAUCGUUUAUGGGUAGGAACAGGAAAUGGUGUCAUCAUCUCCAUUCCAUUAACAGAAACUGUAAUCCUCCACCAGGGACGUUUACUGAGGCUGAGGGCUAAUAAAGCAGCAGCAGGUUCUGGAAACCGUCCAGGAAGUGUAAUACGUGUAUAUGGAGAUGAAAACAGUGACAAAGUGACCCCUGGAACAUUCAUACCGUAUUGCUCAAUGGCACACGCACAGCUUUGCUUCCACGGGCACCGUGAUGCUGUCAAAUUCUUUGUCGCUGUACCUGGUCAGGUUGUUUCCCCGCAGAGUGGUGGUGGAUCGGAGUUAGCAGGUGAUAAACCAGCCCAAGAGUCCUUAAACCAGAGUCCCUUAAAAUCAAUGUUGGUGAUAAGUGGUGGAGAGGGAUAUAUUGACUUCAGAAUGGGUGAUGAAGGCGGAGAAUCUGAACUCCUUGGAGAAGCUCUACAACUUGAACCUUCUGUAGCCAAAGCUGAGAGGAGUCACUUGAUAGUGUGGCAAGUAAUGUAUGGCACUGAGUGAGCCUGUAGGAUGCAGCUGGAGACCUUAGGGGAGGGAAAAAACAAAGCUUCUGCAUGUUUUUUUUAUUUUGUGAAACCUGUUUCACUACAUGAUGUUGAAGCAUUUCUUUGCUGUUUAACUUUAUAUUGCAAAUCCGUCAUACCUUAACUAUACAGAAAUUAGCUUGUGCUGUUUUACUGCACCCGUGUUACAUGGAAGAGUAUAAUGAACCAGAACUUUCUCAGAAGUGGUGUAUACACCAUAGUGAGCAAUCCAGACAUAGUUUUACUGUAUCACAACAGUCUAAUGUAGUUCACUUUUUGAUAGUCUUAACUUGACUUGAGCUUCAUUACAACUGAGCUUCACUUAUUGGUAUAACGCAUUGAGUAAAACAGCAAAGUUAUUCCCAGAGUAUUUCAAAAUUGACAUAUUGGUAUCGGAUGAAUUGUCAAGAUUCAUCUGUAUGUUAAGUGAGGGCUAAAGUAAGCUGUAAAUUUCAGCUUUUGUUUUCAAACCUGGAAAAUCUUGCUUAGUGUAUACAGUUCCAUCUGUCACUUUCAUCCAAUAUUCUGGGGGAAAGAGCGGAUUGUACAGAAAUUAAGAUGACAAUAUUUAAAUAAAAUUUCAUGUUUUGACUGCUAAACCUUAAAGCUUGAGAACUGCUGCCCUCAAUGAGCAAUUUUGAGCAUAGUGUUUUCCUCUUUCCUGACAUGAAUACAUAUGAACAGCUCAGUUCAAAGGGUAUUCUUAAGAUGAUUUAAAUUUGAAAGUAAUUGUAAAAUUCUCCAUGAGGGGAUACAUCUUGUUCUCUUUUUGUCUUAAAUCCUUAUGUCCUAAGCACUAGAAUGAUCUUCUCUGCCUAGCUGGUCAAACUCAUGAGGCACUAAAGGUGUGAAGGUUAGAGACCUCAAUUAGAGCAUGAGAAAAGACUGAGAGUGUACAGGCAAAAAAAUGCAUUCUGCCCAAGUGAGAUUAUAAAAGAACUUUAGUGCCAGAUU